GGUACUGCGUGCUUCGUGAAUUGGUCCUCUGUGUUUCGUGAAUUGGUGUGACUUGGGUGCGCCACGAUCUGUGAAUUGGUGCUCGCGCUUCCAGUGAAUUGGUGUUCGUUCUUCUCGGAGCGGUGCUUCGUGCAUCCUGUGUCGUGAACUGGUGCGCGGUGAGUUGAACUGAGUUUGUGCUUUGGUCGUUCGUGCUUGCAGUGAAUUGGGGCUGUGUGCUUCGUGUUCCGUGCGAUGUGUUUUCGGCGUGGAUUUCCGCUACCACGUGAGUUGGAGCCUUCGUCAACAUUGCUGACUCGAGUGAGUGAUGCCUUGCAUUCGUUUCUCCUUUUUACCCCGGCCGUCACUUCCCGCCCCUGCCGUCUGUUUCCACCCCCAGCUUCCUCACGUUUCCACCCGCCCCUUGCUCCUACUGCUUCUGGUCUUAUUAGGGAAGGUUAUGCUCUUUCUCGAUCGGUAUUGGAGGGGAGGAGAGUUCUGCGGGAUGGGCAUUCAAUCUUUUCUGAUGGAGGCAGCUGUCGCCUGAUCUUUUCGGAGAGGAAGACUGGGGUGGGAGGAUAUUAGGGAGAGGGAGGUAAGCGAUCUUCGUGAUCGCUCCUGUUGAAGCGAAGGAGAGUGAAGAGAAAGGGAGUUGUUAGCGAGGGGAGUAAGGGCGAGAUGAAGGUAAUUUUUAUUAUGGGCAUUGAUUUUUUGAGAGGUGGGCGUAUGACAGUGAAGACGAGAUGAUGACGAUAAGGGAGGGGAGGGGUUUGUUGCACAACCAUGUUCUGAUGUAGAGAGAAGUUCCAAGCAACACACCCAGCAUUACGGCUCGCAUGACAACACUAUUCGAAGGCAACUCCCUCCGGCGAAUACCAACUGCCAUACGACUCUCCACGCCCAGAUUUGGGAACAAGUAUUCGCCACAUGACGCUUGGCGCCCAGAUUUGGGUUAUAAGUGGCACCCGCGCAAACCGACUUUUCGUUCCUUUUGCUGUAGCACUAGGCCGGUAGCAUAAAAAAAGGGAACAAGUAUCACCGUCCAUUGACGGUUAGUCGCAAGGGUGUAUGCGCAGCGAGUUUUUUUGGGGCCCGUGCACGCACUCUUUUCCCCAACCAAUUUGGCACCCACACAUCUGUCGUGCAGUUUCGCGAUUCGUCUAGUAGGGGCGGCGUUGAGCGGCGGGGUGGGGAUUUGCCCUCGCCCUCGCCCUCGCUCUCGCCCUCGCCCUCGCCCUCGCUCUCGCCCUCGCCCGAGUUUCGUUUUCGCGCUCGUUCUUGAGAUACAGUCACCAUGCAAGGGGCUCUCCGAGCUACGCUGGUUGCUGCGCGAGGCGCCGUUGCCCGCCAUGCUGGCGGGAAAUGGCGGGGCGGGGCUUCGUCGUCAUCGUCGACCAGUCAACUGCUGCCACGUGUAGGGCAGUAUGUCAGGGGAGCAGCGGCGGCGGAUUUGUGCUCCUCUCGCUUCCCUGCCGUUUCAUGGGGUGGAGUGCGGAUGUUCAGCACCCCGGCCAAGCAGAUGACCGUCCGAGAUGCGUUGAACUCGGCCAUCGACGAGGAGAUGGCAGCGGAUAACAAAGUGUUCAUUAUGGGAGAAGAGGUAGCGGAGUACCAGGGCGCAUACAAGGUAACGAAGGGGUUGCUGCAGAAGUAUGGGCCCGAACGCGUCCUUGAUACUCCAAUUACUGAGGCUGGGUUCACUGGCCUCGGCGUAGGCGCGGCAAUGUACGGACUGAAACCGAUCGUGGAAUUCAUGACCUUCAAUUUCUCCAUGCAGGCGAUUGAUCAUAUCAUCAACUCAGCCGCCAAGUCUCACUACAUGUCUGGAGGGCAAUUGACGGUCCCACUUGUGUUCCGAGGGCCCAAUGGUCCCGCAGCAGGUGUCGGCGCGCAGCAUUCACAGUGUUUCGCCGCGUGGUACUCCUCUGUCCCAGGUCUGAAGGUGGUCUCCCCGUACUCGUCGGAGGAUGCCAGGGGUCUGAUGAAGGCCGCCAUCAGGGAUCCCGAUCCCGUCGUUGUGCUGGAGAAUGAAUUGCUGUACGGCGAGGCGUUCCCUGUUUCCGAGGAGGCGCUCGACUCCAACUUCGUCGUCCCGAUUGGUAAGGCCAAGAUUGAGCGGGAAGGGACAGAUUUGACUAUUACUGCCUUCUCAAAAAUGGUCGGCUUUUCGCUGAAGGCUGCGGAGGAGCUGGCAAAGCAGGGCAUCAGCGUAGAGGUCAUUAACCUGCGAUCGAUCAGGCCGCUGGAUAGAGAUACGAUCAACAAGUCUGUACGGAAGACGUCUCGUCUUCUGACGGUGGAGGAGGGAUGGCCGCAAAAUGGGAUUGGCGCAGAGAUUUGCGCGUCUGUGGUGGAAGAGAGCAUGGAUUUCCUCGAUGCUCCAGUUGAGAGGAUCACUGGUGCCGACGUCCCCAUGCCAUAUGCUGCCAAUCUGGAGAGAGCGGCAAUUCCGCAGGUGGAAGACAUAAUGCGGGCGGCGAAGAGGGUUUGCCAGAGGAGCGGGGAGGCGAAGCGUGCUGUGGCUUGAGGAUAUGCUUUGCUCGGCCUGCUGUUCUGUUGGAUUGUAUGACGUCGUUCGUUGGCCAUCAAGCUCUCUUAACGGUGAAGACGAUCUGCUAACGGUUCAGUCGAUCUACUAACAUUGCAGCCGGCGAUUUACAGAGCGCCUGUUGCAGUAGAGUGAUGCGACGUUCCGCUCGACAGCGCUGGAGAGGGGUCGGGAGCGUUAUACGGGGGGCUGGUGAGGUCUAAAUUCAGGUCCCAGCUCGUAAAGCCGUGGGAUAAUUGCGAUCCACGUUUGUAAUUAGCAAGCGGCGGGGUUCAUAUUGAUUAGUAGUUAUAGUGUUAAUUGUUCGCUGUCCGAUAGGUUUUAUUUUUGUCCGUGAUGAAGACCACCAGGGAAUAACGGAGGGAGGGAAGGAAACAACGAGUUGUCUCUAUCAACCUGGCAUAAGUUUUUGGAUGGGUGGAAAUGGGGUUUGGCCCAUGGAACUCACCAUGAAACUUCGUGCCACCUGUCGUGAAACUUCCAUGUCUGGUAAGUUUUUCUGCUGAUGGCAAUGGGGAGAUGAGAUGAGGUUCUCGAAGGUUGGAUUUCUAGGAAGACGUGGAUACGAGGGAAGGAGGGGAGGAUGAGGAGGAGAGGAGGAGAGGAGGAGAAAAGGAGAGGAGGAGAGGAGGAGAGGAGGACAAAAUCUGGGUCGGCAACCGCGCACAUUCUCACGUACCCUUUUUUGUAUUUGGGGAUUGUGCAUCUUCUUUUUUAUGGAUUCACAAGUGGAGGGUUUAGUUUAGGAUCUGGUGUUUGGAUAAUGAUGACUCUGAUUAACGAAAUAAUGCCCAUGUUAUUGGGGCUGUAUUGUUUUGAUCUCUUUCCUUGAGUCGCUUGUUGUAUUUGUGCACUUGUGCAACAUGUG